AUGAAGAAUGGACAUUGGAGUGUCAUUGUUUUAAAUCAAGAUAGAACACUUUUUUUUGAUGAAAAUAUUCCCGGUAAAUAUGGUUCUUACGAUUUGAAUGCAUUAGAAAAUAGUAAUGAAACAUUUGAACGAGUAGUUUUGCUCAAAUUCGAAACUUCCAAAAUUGAAAGUUCAAUUGUAGGAAAAGAUUUUUUAAUAAAAAAUAUGUUUGUUGAAACGUCAGCGACAAAUCCAGAACAGCAAACAAUGCUAUUGCCGGUUAAUGUUAAUGAACAAUCAAUUCAAUUAGAUGAUCAAACAGUUUCAGAAUCGUUUGAGAUUCAAAAUUAUUCUAUAGUGAAUAUAAAUGAUGAUAAAUGUUGUCCAAUAUCAUUAGAGAAUAUACAAAAUUUGUCCAAAGAACAUUUUAUUGGUGAUGAUUUAGAAUAUGAUGAUGAUCUGUUACAAAACACUAAUACAAGAUUAACUUUUGUUGAAAAAGGUUUAGCAUAUAUAUAUGAACGACAAUCUACAGGAACAAUUAUCAAAUUAUUAAAUGAUCAUUAUUUAAUUGAUAUUAGACAAUUAGAUGCACGACUAAUGUCAUCGUUCGAAUCUGAAGCAAUGCAAUCAUUCUUUCGACUUGUUGCAUUCUAUAUGAAGAAAGACUAUGACCAUUGA